AUGAGCUUGCUCUGUUUUUCCCUCGCAGCAACACUUCGCUGUGCUGGAAUCCCAAGAAUACAAUCUGAAGUUUUGAUUAUUCCCCCUGCUCUCGAAGCCUUGACCUCGCUCUUUUUAAUAUGGACCGUAUGGCGCAACGGACGGAAACGAUGGCUACUCGUCGCAGAGGCCUGGAUGUUUCUCAUACUCGCCAUUCUCGAUUAUGUCUCACACGCACUCGUACGCGGCAUGUCGUCCGUUUCGGUGUUUGAGCCCAUGGACAAGGCAGUCGGCGCACUGUCUGGAAUACCCAUACUGGCAUACACAUCUUUUCUCUUUCUCCUCAUCCGUUCCGACCUCUUACCGACCAUUACCCCCUCGAUUCUCCGCACAACCCUCCAAUUCACACUCAUCUCGCUCAUCCCACCUACCAUCAUGUCCUACGAACUCGGUUCCUUGCUCGGAGUCACAUACAGGAUAAAUCCAAUUACACUUGUUCCAGAAACAGGUUUCGCAAACUUGACAACCCGCUCGCUCUCCAUGGGACCGGGCCAGUCAGCCGUGUUUGUUUCUGCCAUGGGAGGGAGGGCGAGGAGCAACUCGACGAGCACGUCCUACCUCGGAGACGAACGUGGUAUUCGCGGAUUAUCCUGGCUUGCUCUCGGGCUCGCUAUUGGCGCAACUGAAACCCUGCUCUCGCUCGGCGCUCAAACCUUUAUCCUUGUCCUUGUCCGGCGCAUCUUGCGUGUCCUGGCCCGGGCGUCCCUCAUUACGCGCUCUACCGCGGCUCGAGCGACGGAUUCUCGAAUCUCGAAGAACAGGGAAUGGGAGGAAUGGGAGGAAUGGGAGGAUCAGGAGGAGGGGAAAUGGGAGGAAUCAAGAGACUCAUUUCGCACCCCCGGUUCAGCACGUUUGCCCAACUCACGCCCACCGCGACGUCCUUUUACAACCAACGAAACCCAAUCUCGGAUCCGAGCACGCCUCAUGCGCUUUUCGGGAUUGGAUGUCCCCGAUUCGAGCGAGUUUAGGGCGAGGAGCGGGAGCGGGAGUGGGAGUGGGGAUGGGAGUGUGGCUACGAGUAUGCUUGGACAUGGUGGACAUUCGACUCGGACGCCUCUCUCGCGCACACGAACGCUGUCUGAGAAACGCCACGCAGAGCGCAAAUUCAUCAAGAAGCAGUAUUGUCCCGCCCGUCCCGAGUCUCCCGCUCCGGUCUCAGUCCGAAUCCCAAACCCGCCUCGCAUUGGGCUCUCGAACCGGUCCUCGUCGACCCAGUCGUUGUCUAGGAACAGGUCCAACUCGAACCUUGGAUCGAGCGAAGAACCAGGGUCGUACGAGCGCAGCACGUCGCUUGAGGGCGUCCGAGAACUAACGAACCAGUUCCCCGUUAUACCCGCGCGCGCAAUGGUCCGCCGAGGCCCGACCCAACUCGCCUAUGCGGUCCAAGAAGAAGACGAGAUCGACUCGAGUUGUCUCUGCACAGGCGGGGCGGCUCGGAUUCGUCAGGAGGACGAGGACGGGGGAGUUCGAUCUAUUUCGGGAGAACAAGUCGUCGUCGAUACGCAUAGCGCACUGUUCCCCCCGGAGCGAUACGACUAUACAAGCAGUCGCGCGUCCUCCGACUCGGGCACUUUUACGCUCACAGCGACGGGCACACCCAGUCCAGCCGAGAUCAUCACAGGCCGACCGGCCCGACUGGCCGAGCGCGCAGCCCAGCUGGAACGACAAGAACGACAAGAACGGUUGAGCGGGGAAGAACACGCGUGGAUGAUGCGUGCUCCGCAAGUCCCCGUCCAGAUGAGCCAGAGUGUCAUUACUCGGACGCCCGAACUCAAGACGGUGGCCGAUUUCGAGUCGUCGCGGGUCGAAUUGGAGGGCGCCGCUUCUCCCAAGAGCGCAUGGAGCGCUCGGACGAGGGGGUCCGUUCUGGGACUGAACAUGGGCAUGAACACGAGUCAGGCGGGGCUCUGGCCUGGCUCCAACGUCGAAGGCUGGGGCCGCAAGUUGAGUGAUACCGACCGAGCCAGGUCCCUCCGGGUUUGA